CGAGCGACUGGUCCGCGCCAAAGACGACAUAUAAGGCAUUGAGUCUUGACAGAACAUCAAUUCUCUCUUCUGAAUCCUCAAUAUCAAUCUCAGCAGUCAGACAUACCAGGCCCGACAUUCUUCCAUACCCAUUGGAGCCAUUCCAACCCAUUCUAGCCUCCUCACAAACAUGGCCCUCAUCCCAAUCGCAAAGGUCUUCGGCGUCACGGCCGCAGGCAUCCUCUCAGGCCUGCAAAUCUCCUUUAGCCACAUCACCAUGCCCGUCCUUCUCCAGACCGCCCCGGACAACCUGCUCGCAAAACAAUGGCUUGCUUUCUACAAGAUUGGUGCUUCGGUGGCACCGCCCUACGCCAUCACCUGUGCCAUCUGCUUCGGCUUCUUAGCUUACAAAUCGCGAAACCUGAAGGGACUUCUACCCGAUGCCGGACCCUUCGACCCAACCACUCCCUUCGCCCUGUACACCGCAGCAGCCGUAUCGAUCCCCGCCAUUGUGCCAUGGACAGUGACGCAAAUGGUGCCGACGAACGACCGCUUGAUGCUGAAAGCCGCUCAAAACGAUGCCUUUGGGCUCGAGGAGGCGCAGGCGCUGGUGGCCAAGUGGGUGGCGCUGCACAUGGUGCGCGUCGGCCUGGUGGUGUUUGGGACGGUGUGUGGGGCUUGUGGUGCUGUGUUGUCGUGAUUUAUCCUCCUAUAUGCGCGGCAUGAAUGCAGAUAGAUGUGCAAGGGACUGUGUGCUCGGAGCUACUUCGUCUUCUUACGUACUUCUACCUGAUCAUCUACAACGUGUACGUAAACUCGGGAU